AUGAAAAGAAGUGUGCCUUCAGGCAGAGAAGUUGGGUUCGAAGACGUCGCCACCGUCACUUUAGAUAUGGACUUUCACGAGUCAUCACGACUUGCUGAGUUCGCGGCGGCCCUCGGAUGCGCGGUACCAUCGGAGGAUAUGGAAGCACCAGACAAAGACUUGCUUGACCUCCUCGGGAGUCCGAAUUUGCGAUUUAACAGUAGUAACGGAGGAGACGAGCACGCCGGCGCUCACAGCUGUGAGCUUGGAUCACGGAGGAAACGCACUGACUUUGCUUCAACGAAGAUACUGUCGCUAGCCAAUGUAACCCUUUGA